GCGCCUCUUUGCCCUGUCGGUUGUUAAGCGCAUUUUGUGACAUUUUAGCCAACUAGCUAAUGUGCCCCCAUUGGAGUUAGCCUGACGAAUUCAAGAUUCCCCUAGUCUGUCCCGUGGGAUUCGUUAUAAUGGCCGAUAAGGAAGGUGUUUUUGAUGAUGCAGUGGAGGAGAGGGUGAUAAAUGAGGAGUAUAAGAUCUGGAAGAAGAACAGUCCAUUCCUCUAUGACCUGGUGAUGACCCACGCUCUGGAGUGGCCCAGCCUCACCGCACAGUGGCUGCCGGAUGUAUCCAGGCCUGAGGGGAAGGACUUCAGCGUGCACCGUCUGGUUCUGGGGACGCACACGUCAGACGAGCAGAAUCACCUGGUCAUCGCCAGCGUUCAGCUGCCCAAUGACGAUGCCCAGUUUGAUGCUUCGCACUACGACAGCGAGAAAGGCGAGUUUGGAGGUUUUGGCUCAGUGAGUGGAAAGAUAGAGAUUGAGAUAAAGAUCAAUCAUGAGGGAGAGGUGAACCGGGCCAGGUACAUGCCCCAGAACCCCUGCAUCAUCGCUACCAAGACCCCCACCUCAGACGUACUGGUCUUCGACUACACCAAGCAUCCAUCCAAACCUGACCCUUCAGGAGAGUGUACUCCAGACCUGCGCCUGAGGGGACAUCAGAAGGAGGGCUACGGCCUCUCGUGGAACCCUAACCUCUCUGGGUGUCUCCUUAGUGCUUCAGACGACCAUACUAUCUGUAUGUGGGACAUCAGUGCAGUACCUAAAGAAGGGAAGAUUGUGGAUGCUAAAACCAUCUUUACAGGACAUACUGCUGUAGUGGAAGAUGUAUCCUGGCAUCUCCUCCAUGAGUCACUGUUUGGAUCUGUAGCGGAUGACCAGAAACUCAUGAUCUGGGAUACUCGUUCCAACAACACGUCCAAGCCCAGCCACGCUGUGGACGCCCACACAGCAGAGGUCAACUGUCUCUCCUUCAACCCCUACAGUGAAUUUAUCCUGGCCACCGGCUCUGCAGACAAGACUGUGGCUCUGUGGGACCUGCGUAACCUCAAACUGAAGCUCCACUCGUUUGAGUCGCACAAAGAUGAGAUCUUCCAGGUCCAGUGGUCGCCCCAUAACGAGACCAUCCUGGCGUCCAGUGGCACUGACAGGCGACUCAACGUGUGGGACCUCAGUAAAAUAGGAGAGGAGCAGUCUGCAGAGGAUGCAGAGGACGGUCCCCCUGAGCUACUGUUCAUCCAUGGAGGACACACAGCCAAGAUCUCUGACUUCUCGUGGAACCCCAACGAGCCCUGGGUCAUCUGCUCUGUGUCUGAGGACAACAUCAUGCAAGUCUGGCAGAUGGCUGAGAACAUUUAUAACGAUGAGGAUCCAGAAGCAGGAGGAGACCAGGAAGUCACAGCCUGAGUGAUCCAAUCAGGCGUGACUCCACCCCCUUUCCCAAUCCAAGUACUCCGCCUUCCUUUUGUACUCUGAACAAUAUCAUGUGGCACAAAAUGCCGCUGGGUUGUCCCCCAAUAAUGUAUGCGUUCACCUGAAAUGUACACUCAUUCACUACUUCUCACAAAUCUAAAAAGAUUGGAUUGGUGGAGGUAUGGGAAUGUUCUACCCUAUUUCUUAUACCACUUAUUUCCUUUCAAAUCAGUGAAGAGAAUUGAACAAGUGUAUACUUUGUGAGGAAGGUGAGAUAAUUGGGACGUAGCCAGAAACGACUUUUCCCUUGACUCAACAGAUGAACGUGUCACAGGAGCAAACUCCUCCCUCUAUCUCGCUUGCUCGCUCUCUCUGCAUUUUAAAAGAGUAAUUUAUUGUCUAAGAAAAAUCUCUCUCUUCUAGAACUGGUUUUGUACUGUAAUAUAAAGAGUAUUUUUUUUUUAUAAUCCCUCGAUUGCCCCCACCCCACCCGUGGCGAUACGACAAACUCCCAUUUUACUAAUUCUGUUAGAAGCGCCAUUUCCCACUGAAUAGGAUACAGCCAAUAGGAUACAGCCAAUAGGAUACAGCCAAUAGGAUACAGCCAAUAGGAUACAGCCAAUAGGAUACAGCCAAUAGGAUACAGCCAAUAGGAUACAGCCAAUAGGAUACAGCCAAUAGGAUACAGCCAAUAGGAUACAGCCAAUAGGAUACAGCCAAUAGAGUGAGUCUCUGUCCCAGCACUUGUUGUUCUUCUUCUCUUCUUGUUUAACAACGAUGGUUAAAGAGCUGAGUUAGUAUCCUCUCUCUUGUUGUUCUUCUUCUCUUCGUGUUUAACAACGAUGGUUAAAGAGCUGAGUUAGUAUCCUCUCUCUUGUUGUUCUUCUUCUCUUCGUGUUUAACAACGAUGGUUAAAGAGCUGAGUUAGUAUCCUCUCUCUUGUUGUUCUUCUUCUCUUCGUGUUUAACAACGAUGGUUAAAGAGCUGAGUUAGUAUCCUCUCUCUUGUUGUUCUUCUUCUCUUCUUGUUUAACAACGAUGGUUAAAGAGCUGAGUUAGUAUCCUCUCUCUUGUUGUUCUUCUUCUCUUCUUGUUUAACAACGAUGGUUAAAGAGCUGAGUUAGUAUCCUCUCUCUUGUUGUUCUUCUUCUCUUCGUGUUUAACAACGAUGGUUAAAGAGCUGAGUUAGUAUCCUCUCUCUUGUUGUUCUUCUUCUCUUCGUGUUUAACAACGAUGGUUAAAGAGCUGAGUUAGUAUCCUCUCUCUUGUUGUUCUUCUUCUCUUCUUGUUUAACAACGAUGGUUAAAGAGCUGAGUUAGUAUCCUCUCUCUUGUUGUUCUUCUUCUCUUCGUGUUUAACAACGAUGGUUAAAGAGCUGAGUUAGUAUCCUCUCUCUUGUUGUUCUUCUUCUCUUCGUGUUUAACAACGAUGGUUAAAGAGCUGAGUUAGUAUCCUCUCUCUUGUUGUUCUUCUUCUCUUCGUGUUUAACAACGAUGGUUAAAGAGCUGAGUUAGUAUCCUCUCUCUUGUUGUUCUUCUUCUCUUCUUGUUUAACAACGAUGGUUAAAGAGCUGAGUUAGUAUCCUCUCUCUUGUUGUUCUUCUUCUCUUCGUGUUUAACAACGAUGGUUAAAGAGCUGAGUUAGUAUCCUCUCUCUUGUUGUUCUUCUUCUCUUCUUGUUUAACAACGAUGGUUAAAGAGCUGAGUUAGUAUCCUCUCUCUUGUUGUUCUUCUUCUCUUCUUGUUUAACAACGAUGGUUAAAGAGCUGAGUUAGUAUCCUCUCUCUUGUUGUUCUUCUUCUCUUCGUGUUUAACAACGAUGGUUAAAGAGCUGAGUUAGUAUCCUCUCUCUUGUUGUUCUUCUUCUCUUCUUGUUUAACAACGAUGGUUAAAGAGCUGAGUUAGUAUCCUCUCUCUUGUUGUUCUUCUUCUCUUCUUGUUUAACAACGAUGGUUAAAGAGCUGAGUUAGUAUCCUCUCUCUUGUUGUUCUUCUUCUCUUCGUGUUUAACAACGAUGGUUAAAGAGCUGAGUUAGUAUCCUCUCUCUUGUUGUUCUUCUUCUCUUCGUGUUUAACAACGAUGGUUAAAGAGCUGAGUUAGUAUCCUCUCUCUUGUUGUUCUUCUUCUCUUCGUGUUUAACAACGAUGGUUAAAGAGCUGAGUUAGUAUCCUCUCUCUUGUUGUUCUUCUUCUCUUCUUGUUUAACAACGAUGGUUAAAGAGCUGAGUUAGUAUCCUCUCUCUUGUUGUUCUUCUUCUCUUCUUGUUUAACAACGAUGGUUAAAGAGCUGAGUUAGUAUCCUCUCUCUUGUUGUUCUUCUUCUCUUCGUGUUUAACAACGAUGGUUAAAGAGCUGAGUUAGUAUCCUCUCUAAGAAACAAGUAUCUGUACCAACCGUUAUGCAGAAUGUCACAUUUACAUUCAAUAGGCCCAUGAAGCCAGAUAAUUAAUAUAUAUUAAUAUAUAUUUUUUAUCAUUUUGUGUUUGGUUGAAGUGUUUUAGCUAGUCCUCGGUGGAUGUGAUGUCUGUUUUUGGAUAUUGUAAUGUCUGGUUUUAUUUUGUGAUGUCUGUUUUUUUUUUAAAAUAUAUAUAUAUAUAUUGUGUAUGUAUUUUCCUUGUCAUCUUACUCUCUCCUCUAUUCAGAUGUGCUUUCUGAAUAAAAUGUUUUUCCAUUCA